GUACAACAAUAAGUGACCAGAACAGCUACUGAUUGACGACUCAGAAUAGUCUUAUGAUAAAGAGCAGAAUCAAUAAAGUAGAAAAUGUUCUAACAUUAAGAUUGUCAACAUUGUUAAGUGGCAAGUGUUUCAACAUUUUCACCAUGGCAAGAUUUGCUAUUGAACAAGACCUCAAUGGCAUCACCAAAAAUGCAGUUUUUCCCACACAUAUAAAUGAAUUCAAUUAUCGACCAAGAACUCUUGUUGAUGAAACGUUAGAAACUAUAGACCCAACUCCUGAUGUGCAUGGUAUGUUUGUGCAGUUUAAUAAAUUAUUUUUCUGGGAAACUUUGAAUACUGUUUAUGUAAAAUGGAGUACUCGUAUGACCACGUGUGCUGGAACGUGUACUUUCAAACCAAGAAACCAUGAAUGUGUUAUAGCUUUGAGUGCUCCUUUGCUUAAAUUAAGGCCCAGGAAAGAUUUAGUAGAAACUUUACUGCAUGAAAUGAUCCAUGCCUAUUUAUUCGUAACAAAUAAUAAUCGAGAUCGAGAUGGUCAUGGGCCUGAGUUUUGUAAGCAUAUGAAUAGAAUUAAUCAAAGUGCAGGAACAAAAAUUACGAUUUAUCAUAGUUUUCAUGAUGAAGUACGAUUGUAUCAGCAACAUUGGUGGAAAUGCGAUGGUCCUUGUAAAAACAAACCUCCAUACUUUGGAACAGUUCGUCGGGCUAUGAAUCGAGCUCCUGGACCUACAGAUUUCUGGUGGUCUGAGCAUCAAGCAAACUGUGGUGGUAAAUUUAUUAAAAUUCGUGAACCUGAGAAGCCAAAAGCUCGUUCUAAGUCUACUUCAAACUCGAAAACUAAUUCACCGAGUAAUACAAAUAUUCCAAAGUCAAAACAAACUCCCAAACGAUUGCCAAAUCAAAAUACUCUGGAUGGUUUUAUAACAUCUAGUAAAGCAAACUCUCCUUUUAUUCCAGUAGUUCCUUUUAAGCCAAUUGACGUCAAUAGAAUAAAUAGUAUUAAAACUCCCGUUCAAGUUAAUUCAUUUGAAGGUUUAAAAAAACUAGGCAAUUCAACUAAUAACGUCUAUGGUUUUGGAACUGGAGGACCAGGAUCUACUAGUUCUCAACCGACAACUAACAAACCUUCAUCAAAACGCUCAAGUUCUUUAGUAAAUUUUACAGCUACUGUAGGCGGAAAUAACUUAGGUAAAAGUAGACUAUUAGAUUUAUACUCUUCUACAUCAUCUAAGAAAGAAGUACCCGUCAGUGUCAAUACUAAUAAUACUAAUUCAACUAAAUGUCCUAUUUGUAAUGAAUUAGUUACAGAAGAUAUUAACAACCAUAUAGAUAGGUGCUUAAGUAGAGAAACUCCUCUAAAACGUCAAAAAAUAGAAAUUACAAGUGAAUCUAAUCACGAAUGUCCAAUAUGUGGUGAAAAGUUUCCACAAGACCAAAUAAAUAUUCAUAUAGAUCUCUGUUUACCUGAUGAAAAUAAUAAAUCUCUUAGUUUAAAAGAUUCUACAACAAUAAUGGAAAGUACACGAAGAGAAUCAGUGAAUCCUCAUCGUAAACCAACUUUGCCACGGUGUCCAAUAUGUAACGAAGUUUUUAAUGAAGAUGUUAUUAAUGAUCAUGUAGAUAUUUGUUUAUUCGAAAGAGCUACUGGUGAAAAUUUACGAAGUCAAAUCACAAACACUACUAGUCAAUCUGAUCUUCCAUCAUCUGCUGGCAGAGCUCAAUCAUUGGAGACUAUUGAUUUAACUGACUCUUCUACACCUAGUAGUUCACAUAUGAAUUGUUAUACUUGUAAUAAAAAUAUUGAUGCUCUUGAUUAUUAUUCCCACGUUCAAGAAUGUUUAGCGAAGCUACAAUGUAAAAAAACUCAAUCUGAUGAAAUAAUUGAGAUAGAUGAUAAUGCUUCAGACAGAAGUGAACGAAGUGGUGGUUCCUCAUCACUAUAUAAAUGCCUUGUUUGUAAUGAGAUGAUUAGCAAAAAUAUCCCUUUGGAAGAACAUCUCGAAUCUUGUGUACAAGUUCCUUAUAGUUGUAGUUCUAGUGAUUCAUUGGAAGAAGUUGAUGAGGAUUGUGAGUUUGUAGAUAAUACAAUUCAAUCACCAAAUAGUUCUGAUAAAAAGCAACUUUGUCCAAUUUGUAUGGAAUUGUUUUCGGAGAGGUUAAUUGUCAGUCAUGUUGAUCAAUGCGUCAAUUUUAAAAUUUAAAUAAUAUAUUUUUCCUUCAACGGAAAGAAAUCUUACAAAAA